AUGAAUUAUUUAUUUAUUUAUUUAUUUAUUUUAACGGUCAAGGGCAAAGCCCAAGUUACAACGGGUCAAGUAACCGCUGCAUUUUUGCUUAUUUUUUUUUUUUUUGGUUACAUUGGAGGAAAGAAACCCCACUGGGGUUCGAUCCUGGGUGCCAUGGGGGGAAGGGGGAAUCCACCACCACUGUGGUGGGAACCCAUUGGCAUUUUUGCUUAUUUCCGAUCCCGCUUAGUUCGUCACAGUUAAACUAAUGGAGUAUGCUCACUCGAAACCUCUCUCUACGACUCACCAGAUCACUCUGCACGGCGACCGCAAAACCAUUUAUACAAAACCAAACUGCAACUCCACACACCAAUCUAAAGCCCCUCAACUCCAAAAUCUCAGCUUUCAUGAGGGAUGGCUUUGUGGAAGAAGCCCAGAAGCUGUUCGACAAAAUGCCUCGAAGAAACACCGUCACGUGGAAUUCCAUGAUUCGCGGCUACUUUCUAAAUGGGCAGUUCCAAGAUGCGAUUAAUUUAUUUAGUCGGAUGACUGAGCGUGAUGUUUUCUCGUAUAACACCAUGAUUACCGGGUUGAUGCAAUGUGGGGAUGUGGAUGGUGCAAGGCAAGUCUUUGACAGGAUGAUUUAUAGAGAUGUUGUCACUUGGAAUUCAAUGGUUUCUGGGUAUAUUCGUAAUGGGAUGAUUGGUGAAGCGGUACAAGUGUUUGAUGGGAUGCCAUUGAAGGAUGUGAUUUCAUGGAACUUGGUGGUUGGGGGCCUUGUGAAUUCUGGAGAGUUUGAUUUGGCUGAAAAGUAUUUUAAGCGAAUGACUAUUCGAGAUUUGGCCUCUUGGACUAUAAUGAUUUCGGGGUUUUCUAGUGCAGGACGUGUUGUUGAAGCCCGAGAACUCUUUGAUGGCAUGCUUGUAAGAGAUGUGCAGGCUUGGAAUGCUAUGAUCCUUGGGUAUAUAGAAAACGGGUAUGUUGCAAUUGCCGAGGGCUUGUUCCAGAAAAUGCCCGAGCGGGAUUUGGAAUCUUGGACUCUAAUGGUGAAUGGGUUGGUCAAGGUUCAAAGAAUUAAUGAUGCCUUGGAGCUUUUCAUGGAGAUGCCAGAGAAAUGUCCAAAAACCUGGAACUCGAUUAUUUUUAAAUUAGUAAGAAAUGGGCUCACUAGAGAAGCUCAUGCUUUUAUUGAGAAAAACCCUUACAAAGAUGUUGUAUCAUGGACAAAUAUGAUUGUUGGGUAUUUGGGAAUUGGAGAGGUUGGCAGUGCAAUUGAACUCUUUGAAUCAAUGCCAACUCGAGAUACAGCUGCAUGGAAUGCCACAAUAUUUGGAUUAAGUGAAAAUGAUCUUGGUGAAGAAGGUUUGAAGCUUUUCAUUAGAAUGAAAGAAUCAGGGCCAUCCCCAGACAAAAAUACGUUUACUAGUGUUUUGACAAUCUGUUCAGACUUACCAACCUUACACCUUGGUAGGCAAACUCAUGCACUCACAGUAAAAGCGGGAUUUGAUCACUUCGUAGCAGUGUCCAAUGCUAUGGUUACCAUGUACUCAAGAUGUGGGAAUAUGGAUUUUGCUUUAUUGGAAUUCUCUUGCAUGAAAAGUCGUGAUGUCAUUUCUUGGAAUUCUAUAAUCUGCGGAUUUGCUCACCAUGGGAAUGGUGAAGUAGCUUUGGAGAUGUUCGAACAAAUGAGAUCAACAGAUGUUCAACCCAAUCACAUAACUUUUGUUGGUGUUCUGUCUGCUUGUAGCCAUGCGGGGUUGGUGGACCAAGGCAGAUACUACUUCCAUAUGAUGAGAUGCAAGUAUUUCAUUGAACCUACAACUGAGCAUUAUACAUGUGUUGUUGAUUUGUUGGGGAGAUUUGGACUUAUAGAUGAGGCAAUGAGUUUUUUAGAUCAAAUGAGAGCAGAUGGAUUUGAAAUUCCUGCAAGUGUCUGGGGGGCAUUACUUGGAGCCUGUAGAAUCCACAAGAAUGUUGAGGUGGGUGAGAUUGCAGGGGAGAAGGUUUUGGACAUAGAGCCCGGUAAUUCUGGUAUAUAUUUGAUUUUGGCAGAAAUGUAUUUAAGUAUUGGAAGAAAAGAAGAUGCGGGCAGGAUUUGGACAAGAAUGAAAGAGAAAGGAGUCAAGAAGCAACCUGGGUGCAGUUGGAUUGAAGUUAACAACAUUGGGCAUGUAUUUCUUUCAGGGGACAAAUCCCACCCCAACUUUUGUAGGAUCUAUUCUGUAUUAGAGUUACUGCAUACAGAGAUUGAGGCUGAAAUUGCAAAAUCAAAUGCUGCAUCAUUUCAGCAUGUAAAAGUUGCAUAGGUUAGGGUAUUAUGGCUGAGAUUUUGUUGCUCAUGCUUUUAUAUACUUAUUUCUGGGUUGAACAAGCGAAAGAAGAUCUCAGUGUAAUUUUCUAAUCGGAUAAUGAGGACUAGGGAAAGUUGGAUGGUCAUCAUUGUCCAUAUAAUCAUGCGAUGAAUGUUAAGUAUCAGAUGCGAUUGUCUACGGUCAAUUGUGUUCAAGGUUCUGAAAAUUUUCCCAAGGCAUAUAAGGAUGUUGAGGCAGAUUUUUCAGAUAACAUUUGCGCACGGACUAGCAGCUGCAAGAAGUUGCCAACCUGCCAUCUAAGGACAGUAUAAGUACCAAGGAGUGGGAACAAUUACCCAUAAUUCAACAGAGAAGGGGGAUUUGCUUCCAGUCCUGUAUAACUGCCUAAGAGUUGAUUUAUUGAACCGUCCAUAUUUAGAAUUGAUAAUUUUACCACUCCAUAAACUUCAAAGGGCAUGAACUCUUUGUGCAAUGUAUUUGUG